UGACAAGAAGUAUUGCAAAAUGUUGUACUCGAACAAAUGCUUAAAGUUGACAGAUAUAUUAUUAUGCUUGCUUAAUGUUCUUGGUAGUAGCAAUUGUUUUCAUUUUUGCUAUAAUGCUUCAUACAACGGUUGGAGAUUUCAAGGGAAUGUAUUUAAAAAAAUCGAAGUACAAAACGAAAUGGAAUGCAUCGUAAAAUGCGUUAAAGAGCCAUGUUGUCGAUCUAUAAACCACAGAAGAAAGUUAAGCCAAGGAUGUUGGAGUCUAUGUGAAAUGUUACACAGUGUUCUAAAUGACAGCAACCGACAAAACUUAAGACAAAAUCGAUUUUAUGAUUAUGUUAUCUUCAACACACCGAUCAAAAUGUACAACAAAAGCUGCAAACUGCAACAGCCCGUCAACAAAAGUUACGAUUUGGUAUUUCCCAAUGCUCAUGUUGAGAACUUGAUUCUUCUCGAUAAUGUGAUGCCUAAUAUAUCAGAGAUGACAUUGGCAUUUUGGGUAAACACAGUUACAAUGCGAAGAAUGGCGCUGUUUUCUUAUGCUGUUCAGAACAGUCCUGACGAAUUCUUUGUGGGAUUUGACACAGAACGGAUCAUCAUUACGAUAAAAUCGUUUACAAAAGAAAACCUUCACAUUUAUCCAAUCUACGAUGGUUAUUGGCAUCACCUGGUCAUCAUCCUCACUCUGACUACGGAGAGGAUUUUUCUUGAUGGGGCUAUGAUUUUAAACGAAACUAUGGUCAACAAUUCAUUAUUUUUACUACGCGGUGGAGGUGUUGUCGCUAUUGGUCAAAAACUCGAGUGCGAGAAGGCUGUUUUUGAUCCAAAUAUGUCGUUUGUUGGUAAAAUAAAUAACUUAAAUUUAUGGAACUAUGACGUGACACGCAACACAUCAUGUACCAUCAAGGAGCUUAAAAAUGAAUGUACUACAGAGCGACAUAAACAAAUAAUUCAGUGGAGAGAUCUUGACAUUUUUUCGAGCGGAAAUGUUUCAAGAUUGUUAACAAUUGGAGUUCGUAAACCACAGUCUUGCAUAAUCGCAGGUUGGAAGAAAUCAUUUAACAAAAAAGGAUGGUCAACUUGUGGGUCCAACUACAAAUUUAUAACUGGUUUUCGGCGCAGCCAGCUCAACAAUACAAACGAUGAUGGCAUUCACAAACUCGAAAAAGCUAAGUGUUGUUCGUCAAAUAAUAUACAUAAAGGGCAAAGUAGCACAUGUCAAAAUGUUAGCUGGCAAACCUCUUUAACUAAGAAUGACACUUUGGGUGUUUGCCCCGAUGGUUAUUUUUUAAAUGGUCUUUAUCGUACCGAAGGCCGUAAAUUACACAAAAUCGAGAAAGGAAAAUGUUGCAAACCAAUCAAUCAUCCAGACAUUUAUGGUAAUUGUUACUAUGAAGACAUCAGUAAAAAGUUUAACAAACGAAGAUGGGCAAAGUGCAAAAAAGCUGGUUAUUAUAUAACAGGAUUAUUCAGAAGUCCAGGAGGUGACUGGCUACAUAACAUUGACAAAUUAAAAUGCUGCAAAAUGGUUGAAGGUCCACGACUGGCAAGCAAGUUUGAUGGUGACAAUACACAUCAAUAUGGAAUAUAUCUCAACUCUUCCAAGCAAUUCAAUGUAUUUUCAAUAUCAUUUUGGAUCACAAUGUCUGAUGAUGAUUAUUACCAGACCCGAGAAGCAUCGAUAAUAUCUUAUGCAUUUGAAGAAGAAGGUCAAGUUUAUGAUAACGCUCCGUUGUUUUAUAUCUCAAGAAAAACGUUAUACGUGGAUAUUAAUCACUCAUAUUUAAGAACUGACAUUAGUGAUAUAUUUGAUGGAAAACAACAUCAUAUUGUGAUCACGUGGCAAACCGUUAAUGGACAGAUGACCAUUUACAAAGACGGUGAAGAAAAAUUUUCAAAAAUAAUUGCAGAACAUCGAGCUCUACUAGCAGGAGGAGUAUGGGUGGUUGGACAGGAUCAAGACACUCUUGGUGGAGGAUUUCAAAAUCGUGACUCUUUCAAAGGAAUUAUAGAUGCUGUAUACAUAUGGGACAAAAUUUUGUCGAUUGAUGAGAUAAAGCUGCUGGCAAAAAACUGCAAUGCAUAUUUAAUUGGAUACAGUAUUGGUUAUCAUGACUUUGAAUUCACUAAAACUACUUAUCUUAUUGAGCCAACAUGCUCCACAUAAACAUCAAAGCUUUAUUCCGUUUCUUUUCUGAUAUACUAUUACAAUUUAGAGAUUUCUAUAGGCUUAACUUAGGUUCAACAAAUUUUUCUGUUAAGUUAACAUAUAACGAUAGUUUUAUGAUGUAAUUAGGUUAAAUAUACCGUUUUAUUGGCAUUAUAUAAAGAAUACUUGCUAUAA